UCCGGCAGCUACCGAGCCAUUCAAACAAGUGGCUCCGGCAGCACUUCGGGGCCGGAGCUGGGGAGCGGGCGCAGCGUGGCUCCCUGCCCCGGAGGCGCCGGGCCCUUCACACUGCCUCUUUUCUCUGACGCUUGCUCUUUAUUUGACGAUGAAAUAAUGUUGACAUGUCUUGAAUUAUUAAGUAUUCCCUGGAUUUUAUUAGCACAUGAUGCCUAAAUGCUGCCUGUAUCUGCUGGGGUCUUAACCAGAGAGGAGCGAAGGAGAGAGGCAGAAAGACAGAGCGAGGGAGAGGAGAGAGAGGGGUUUUUGACAGCUGUAUUUGUGCUGAUAAGCGAAGGCACAAGGAGACGAUCGACUAGUGAGACAAGAGGGAAGCGGCGGCUCGGAGCUGCUGAGAGGGGCUGCGCUUCCCUCCCGAGACGGCUCGGCCCUCCCGGUGCCGUGCUGGGGCUUGGGGGGGACCCGAACCCCCUCCCAGCGCCUGGCCGGGCUCUCGGCCGGUGCCUGUGCCAGGGGGCAGCUCGCUGGCUGGGCACACCAGCUGCACGGGGCAGAUGCCGAUUGAGAUCGUGUGUAAAAUCAAAUUUGCUGAAGAGGAUGAGAAGCAGAAGGAGAAAGAAGAAGGGGACAAGGAGAGCCUGAUCGAGGAGCCUGCCCGGCCCCGCUCCCGGGAUCUGGCCACCUUCGCCAGCACCAGCACGCUGCACGGCUUGGGACACAUCUGCCGGUCGGGACGGCUGGGCGUGCGCCAGACCCUCUGGGCAUUUGCCUUCCUGGCCUCGCUCGCCUUCUUCCUCUACCAGGCGGCCAAGUCAGCGCUGCUCUACCUGGAGCACCCCCACGUCAUGGCCCUGGACGAGGAGGCCAUCCGCGAGAUGGUCUUCCCCGCCAUCACCAUCUGCAACAUCAACCGCUACCGCCACUCGGCACUCACCGACGCUGACAUCUUCCACUUGGCCAACAUGACCGGGCUGCCCCCCAAGGACCGAGAUGGCCACAAGGCCACGGACCUGCUCUACCCUGACCCCGACAUGGCUGACAUUGUCAACCGCACCGGCCACCAGCUCGACGACAUGCUCAAGAGCUGCAACUUCAGCGGCGAGAACUGCUCGUCCCGUGAUUUCACUGUGGUGAGUGCACACCUGGCUCAGCUUCCCUGGGGGCCCCUACCGGCACGGGGGGCACCCACCCGUCCGCGUGGCAACCCAGCAGGGCUCCCUGGCUCGCUCUGGCUGCUGAAGUUUGCAUCUCUCUCUGUUUGAGUUUCCCUCCAAGUUUCACAUGGAGAGAGGGAGAGGAUCCUCCGUGGGAGCUCUCAGCAGGGCUCUGCGCCACAGGACUGGGCUGCCGGCAGGUCUGUGCCUGAGGGGCUCACGGGCAGGAGCCGCGGUGGGUGAGCAGCAGGGUUCAGCGCUCCCCAGGGUGGGUGUGCAGCUGUCAGGGGGAAAGCUAUGGCACGGAGUCCUGCUCCAGCCUGCUCUUCUUUCCCCGGGUCACAGUGCCCUGACGCAGGGUGUUUUACCCAGCGAGAGGGGCUGGAGCAGGGGGGCAGGCAAAGACCCCUUUGCACAUAAGGGGAACCUUCCCGCAUUUGCGGGAUUAGCACCGGGAUGUGUGGAAAUGUGGAGACCGCCGGCAUUGCACACUCACGUGUGCACAUGCCGAGCGCAAAUGCCGAGCUGCUCCGCUCCGGAGGCUA